AUGCCUCUGUUACACGGCAAGGAAGUCGGCCCCAUCGGCUUCGGGCUGAUGGAGAAAGAGAGAGAGAGAGAGAGAGAGAGAGAGAGAGAAAGAGAGAAAGAGAGAAAGAAAGAAAGAAAGAACCUCACGCUAACACCACCACCUCCCCAUCCCACUGCAGGCCUCACCUUCCGCCCCACGCCAGAAGCGCAAAGCUUCGCGACGCUCGACGCCGCCCUCCGCACGGGCUGCACGGCGUGGAACGGCGGCGAGUUCUACGGCCCACCCGACAACAACUCGCUCACGCUGCUGCGCCGCUACUUUGAUCCUGCGCGGCAUCAUGACGGGCAGCAGCACCAGCACGCCGCCGACGCCAUCGACGCCGCCGACGCCGUCUCCCUCAACAUCAAGGGUUGCGUGCUCGUGCAGCAGCAGCCGGGCGGGCAGGGGCCCGGGCUGAAGAUCGCGACGCGCCGCGCCGACGUGAUCCGCAGCGUCGACGCGUGCGUGGAGAUGCUCGGCGGCCCGCGCGGGGGGAAGAAGAUCGACGUCUUCGAGCCCGCGCGCAGGGACCCGGAGGUGCCGUUGGCGGAGACGCUGGGGGCGUUGGCGGAGAUGGUGCGGGAAGGGAAGAUCGGGGGCGUGGCGCUGAGCGAGGUGAGCGCGGCGACGAUCCGCGAGGCGGCGGGGAUGGUGCGGGUCGCGUCGGUGGAGGUGGAGCUGUCGUUGUGGCAGAGGGAGCCGUUGAGGAAUGGGGUCGCGGAGGCGUGUGCGGAGUUGGGGAUUCCGAUACUUGCGUACGGGCCGGUGGGCCAGGGCAUGCUGGCGGGCAAGUACAAGAGGUUCGAGGACGUGCCCGAGGACGACUACAAGCGGAGGGGCGGGUUCCCGCGGUUCCAGCGCGAGGCGUUCGAGAAGAACAUGGAGCUCGUGCGCACGCUGGAGAGGUUUGCGCGCGGCAAGGGGUGCACGCCGGCGCAGCUGGCCAUCAACUGGCUGCUGGCCCUCUCCAGGCGGCCCGGCAUGCCCGUCAUCAUCCCCAUCCCCGGCGCGACGACGCCCGAGCGGGUCGAGGAGAACUCGCGCAUCGUCGACCUGACCGACGACGAGAUGGACGAGAUUGACAGGAUCCUGGAGAGCUUCGAGGUCGUGGGGACGAGGUACCCGGAGCACAGCAUGCGCAUGAUGGACACGUGA